AUGGCUCCAAAGGGGUUAUUCGAGUGCGCAAGAUGUGGUACAGAAACCAAGACAAUGUGUUUGGGCUGCUCGCAUGCACCCGAAUACAAACCCGGCGAUCCACCAGCUGUUUAUUAUUGCAGCCGCAGCUGUUUGAUCAUGGACUGGCCAAAGCACAAAGACUAUUGCAAGAACAUGCAACAACGGAAGAUGCUGCUCCGAUCGGCCCAGAUACUGAAGGCAGCCAUCUUGACAUACAGAGAGACCAUAUACGACGUGGAUCUGACCAAGAUCGAGUAUCGAGAUGGUGUCCUCUAUCUCCAUCAAAAUCAAAGAUCAGUUUCAUCUCAAUCCAAACGCGGUCCCUUCCCAAACCACAUGACCGACAACAUCAAGCACAAGGAAGCGGCUCUUGUUAAAAGCCAAUCCACAGCAGCUAUAGCGCUCUUGGGUCCCUUGACCAGAAAACUUCUGCGAGGUAUGUCCUUGAAACUUGAGACGAUGGUCAUCAAUAUCGGAAACCCACGGGUUCCAACUAGGCUUGUUCCUGGGCCUGACUUGCACGGUGGCCCACACACGGUAUUGAAGAUAGAAUGCCUCGAGAGCAACGAAACAUGGAUCAUCGAUCCGACAGGCUGUCAAUAUGGAUUUCAAGAUGUGCUUGUUCCAUUCGGCAAGUAUCUUAUUGACAACGAAUGCCGGAUAUUAGGUGGACCUCGUAUUUAUGACAUGUACGAGACAAGGGACUUGGACUACUUGUCGACUCUUCAUAUCUUCACCAAAACAAAAGCGCAACGGCAGGAUAUGCGACUGGAACGAUUGACCCGUCACCAUUUUGCUGUCUUCAUUUAUCUGAGUGCGCAUGACCGCCUCCUUGUGGGAUCUGGCGCUGACUACAAGAAAAACCUUGAUCGCUUUAUCACUGAGCUCAAAACCCACAUGGUCAAUUCUAUACGGAAAGCAGGCAAUGAUUUUGAAGACUCUGAAGAUGAUUGA